AGUAUGAAGAGAAGUCGAGGGAGGCGGAAGAGGAGAAGGAGGAGUUUCUCGUCUGCCUCUGCUGUUGUGAGUGAGAGCAGACCAUCUUCAUUCUUCUGGACCCAAAACAGGUUGGCACCGUCCCCGUUCAUCAGGAUUCACAGCUGUUUGCGCUGAGAGGUGUGUUAUUCAAAACAUCGAUUUGUGUAAAAAGAGGCAAGAUGGAGCGCAUGGAAGAUGACAAGCCCAAGCAGAAGAAAGUCACAUUGUACCUGCUCUACUGCGUGGCCACUGCAGUCAUCGGUUCGCUGCAGUUCGGUUACAACACCGGGGUCAUCAAUGCACCAGAGCAGAAACUGCGCCGCUUCUUCCAAAACGUUUCUCUGGAGCGCUUCGAUGAGCCCUUCACUCCCGGAGCCAUCACCAUGGUGUGGAGUUUUGCCGUGGCCAUCUUUAGCGUGGGGGGUAUGUUUGGCUCCUUCAGUGUGGGGGCCAUGGUCAACAAGUUUGGCAGGAGGAAGUCCAUGCUGCUGGCCAACGUUCUGGCUGUGCUGGGCGGGGGCCUCAUGGGACUGUCCAGCCUGAGUCGCUCUUUCGAGAUGAUCAUCAUCGGACGCUUGAUCAUCGGUGUCUUCUGCGGCCUGUGCACGGGACUGACGCCCAUGUAUGUGGGCGAGAUCGCCCCCACCGCCCUCCGAGGGGCUUUCGGCACCCUGAACCAGCUGGGCGUGGUCAUCGGCAUCCUGGUGGCACAGAUCUUUGGAUUGGAGUUUCUUCUGGGCUCUGACAGACUCUGGCCCAUCCUCCUGGCCUUGACCGUCCUGCCUGCCAUCCUCCAGACCAUCAUGCUGCCCUUCUGCCCUGAGAGCCCCCGUUACCUUCUCAUCGUCCUCAAACAGGAAGAGGAAGCCCGGCAAGCGCUGGUGCGCUUGCGCGGUCGCCAGGACGUGAGCGAGGACAUGGACGAGAUGAGGGAGGAAGGGAUGAAGAUGGCCAUGGAGAAAAAAGCCACCAUCUUGGAGCUCUUCCGCUCGCACAACUACCGCCAGCCCAUCAUCAUCGCCAUCGUCCUGCAGCUCUCGCAGCAGUUGUCGGGCAUCAACGCCGUCUUCUACUACUCGACGGGCAUCUUUGCCACGGCUGGUGUAACGCAACCCAUCUACGCCACCAUUGGUGCCGGAGUAGUCAACACCGUGUUCACCGUCGUUUCCCUCUUCCUGGUUGAGAAGGCGGGCCGAAGGACCUUACACCUAAUAGGACUCGGCGGAAUGGCCGUUUCUGCCCUGGUCAUGACCAUCUCCCUUUCGCUUGUGAAAACGACCCCGUCUCUGAGCUACUUGGCCAUCGUGGCCGUGUUUGCCUUCGUGGCCAGUUUUGAGAUGGGUCCCGGUCCCAUCCCUUGGUUCAUCGUGGCCGAGCUCUUCUCCCAGGGCCCUCGACCCGCCGCCAUGGCUGUCUCUGGGUUCUCCAACUGGACCGCCAACUUCCUGGUGGGCCUCGGGUUCCCCAAACUGGAGGAACUCUGCGGGCCUUACGUGUUCAUCAUCUUCAUGGUCUUGCUCAUCAUCUUCUUCAUCUUCACUUUCCUGCGAGUGCCCGAGACCAAAGGAAGGACCUUUGACGACAUCGCUCAAGCGUUCGCCGCCAGCGCCGCCAAAUCCUCCGGCUCCCCCGUGCCCGAAGCGGCGGUCGUGGAUCUGCCCGGGAGCAAAGAACCUCCGCCCAUGUCCCCUACGGAAAAGGUCCCCAUGGUGGCACUUCCUGCCGACAAGCCCUAAAACGGAGAAGUUAGAAAAGGUCAGUGAAUGACAUCACAUAUGAGACUUUUUAUAGAUUCAAAAAAAUCACAUAAAACAGGGUAUUUGAUUUGUUGUGUGUGGAAAUGCCAAAAUAAUUAACCCGGGUCCUUGUAAGCCGGCUUUAACGGAAUUUCUGGCCCAUAAAACUUUGUUGACGUUCUUCGCCAACCGCCCGCCUCGUUUUUAAGAGGAUCACUGUGCAUUCAGUGUUAAGACCCCCUCGGCCAUCGGCUGCGUUAGAAGGUUGCCGGAUUUGAGCUUUUAGGUAUUGAGGUCAAGCUCAGCAAAGCCCGACUGACCCCGAAAUGCUGAUGGCGGGGGUCCCGGACCCCAAAGCCUUCCCUGUGACACACGGAGGAAUACGGCUACUUCAAAGAAUUACAUCCAAGCCACGAACAAUGUGAUGUGUGUGUUUAUACCGUGUGCGUGUUGGACUCUGCUGCUAAAGAAGAAACAAGUUGUGUGAACAUCUACUGCCAAGGAGGAACUUUGAUUGCAUGACCAUGAGGUGGACUUGAGGCUUUUUGCUGACUUUUCACUUUUUCCAGCCAAUGAAACCAACCACAUACUUGCAGACCGAAAAGUGUUGCUUUGGCGCCAUCUGGGGGCCUCUUGGGAAUGAAAUGUGUUGAGGAGCUUCAUUUGGAUGAAAGUAGUAAAGAUUAUUCGAGAAGGAAAUUACAGUGGAGAGUCAAAUACUUGCAAAGGUCUGUCUCAUACAAAAGUAGUGCUUAACAGUAAUGUGUAAAUUAAAAAAUUUCCCUCAAUUACAUUUAAUGACUUUUUAGAGCCGCUUCAUUAGCGUUUAUUUUUUAAUUUUUAGUUUCAUUAUUUCAUUAGUUUCAGUAUUACUGUAUUUUUUUCAUAUAGAGACUAUUUGUUCACUGAAAGGGAAAAAAGUCACAACUAUUAUAAAUAAUAAUGAAAUUAAUAAAAUAAUUAAAAACAUUUUUGAUAACUAACCUUAAUAUCAUUACGGUGGCAAAGCACUACUUUUGUUUUAGACAUUUCUACACAUUGACUUAAUGAAGCUCUUACUUGCACUUCAACAUAGUUCCCAGGCGCCAAGAUGCCACAGGAGAGCACCAAAGCACUACUUUUAUUUUGGGCAGGGCUUUGGCCUACAAACAAAAACAGCAAAUAGGAGAGCAAAUUGCAAACGUUUGCUCAAAGUCUGCUGAUUCAUUUUCAGCAAAGAGGUCCAAUCAAAACACUAGCAACUAUUUAUUUCAGUGGUUUGGAUGCACGAAAAAUGAGCAUUUGUUUGUUUUGAAUGCUGCUGCGGCAACGACAGUAACGACUGCGACAGCAACUUGAGGAGCCAGCAGCGUUACGUUUGCACUUUGGUGAUUUCCGUCUGCCGUCCUGCUUAAUUUUCAUCCACUGGACGCAUUCUGUCAAUUUAUUCAAUAUGUCGAGAUGAAUCCUCCCCUCCGAGAUUCUUUUGUAGGCUGACAUCGUUGAAAGUUUACAUUAACUUCGAUUGGCCCUUCGAGGGGUACCUAAUAUAUUGAUUAGAGUGUACGUUUAUUAAAUGCUAAUUUUUCAUGCUCUUCUGUCUUUGGACUGUUAUAAUGCCAUUCCUGUAUGCCAGCCUCUAAUAUGUAUAUUUUGCUCUGUGUUUGCAUUUUUAUAUGGGUACGACAAAAAUGGUGAGUGGGUGUCACUUUGCUGUGAAACAACUCCUUGAAAAAGUGGAAAUAAAGUUGUGCAUCUGUUUAAAAUA